GUUCCGAACCAAACAGCCCUUAAUUUCUCUAAUACGGCAUUAAUCCCGAACGCAAACCCUCAGUUCCGCUCCGCGCGUGCAUCGCCGCACUAUAUAUCUGCCGCCCUCCACUUGUCACGCUCGCCGCGCCCGCCGCUCACACGCCUCUAAGGCUCUACCUGCGGCCACGCUCGAAUUUGCUCACUCACUGCGGCCACCGCACUUACAGGCCGAUCCACAUUCUCCAUCAACCAACGCCAAGACAUGUCCUCUCUCCAAUCCUUCGUCGCCGUCUCCACUUCUUCGGCGAAUGAUCUCCGCCAUCUUUUCCGAUUAAACAGUCAAAAGGCGCCGCCGGGUACCCAACCUUACCUUCCCCGCAUUUCCUGCUGUUUUGUUUCCGAAGAUACGCAAAAAUCUGCUCCCUCGAUAUCUACGGGGAACCGGCUGCUAUCUGCUAAGAGCGAAGAUCUAAUCGAGCGAGAAAAGAGGGUUUUGGUGGGGACUUACGCUAGGGCUCCUGUCGUUCUCGUAAGAGGCAAAGGCUGCAAGUUGUAUGACGUCGAUGGUAUGGAGUAUGUGGAUAUGACGGCCGGAAUUGCGGUUAACUCGCUUGGUUAUGGUGAUGGUGAAUGGGUGAAGGCGGUCGCGGAACAGGCUAAAAGCCUUGCACAUGUCAGUAAUGUGUAUUAUUCAGAACCCCAGGUCAUACUUGCAGAACACUUGGUAGAGUGCUCCUUUGCAGAUCGCGUUUUCUUUACAAAUUCUGGGACAGAAGCAAAUGAAGCAGCCAUAAAGUUUGCCAGGAAAUUCCAGAGAGUCUCAUGUGAUAGUGACACACAUGCCACAGAGUUCGUUUCUUUCAGUAAUAGUUUUCAUGGGCGGACAAUGGGUGCACUUGCUCUAACCAGUAAAGAAAAUUAUAGGCUACCAUUUGAGCCUGUCAUGCCUGGAGUCAAAUUUGUUAAGUAUGGAGACAUUGAUGGCGCCAAGAAAGCAAUAGUGUCUGGUAAAACAGCUGCAGUUUUUGUGGAGCCUAUCCAGGGUGAGGGUGGAAUACAUAGUGCUACUAAAGAAUUUCUGCAGACAUUGCGUAUUGCUUGUGAUGAUGCUGGAGCUCUCCUGAUUUUUGAUGAGGUUCAGUGCGGACUCGGCCGAACAGGGUAUCUUUGGGCACAUGAACCCUACGGCAUUGUUCCUGACAUAAUGACCCUAGCCAAGCCUCUCGCUGGAGGUCUCCCCAUUGGUGUUGCUCUCACAACUGAAAAAGUUGCUUCUGCAAUAAACUAUGGUGACCAUGGUAGCACUUUUGCCGGCAGCCCCCUUGUUUGCCAUGCAGCCCUCACAGUUCUGAAGAGGAUCAAGGAUCCUGGCUUCUUGUCUGCUGUGACCAAGAAGGGCCUUUACUUCAAAGAACUACUCACUCACAAGCUGGGAGCUAACUCCCAUGUGAAGGAAGUGCGUGGGCUCGGCCUUAUCGUUGGCAUCGACUUAGAUGUGCUUGCGUCGCCAUUAGUGGAUGCCUGUAGGGCGUUGGGACUUCUGGUACUAACAGCUGGGAAAGGUAAUGUAGUAAGGUUAGUUCCACCAUUGAUCAUAUCUGAAGAGGAGCUGAAACAAGCAGCUGAUAUUAUUGAAAGAUGUUUGCCAGCACUUGAUGCUGAUGGUGUUCAUUAAGGAUCAGAAUUGGAGGUUUCAGCAAUUAUGUUAUUUGUAUCAGUAGUAGUGGCAGAACUUGGACUUGUUAGCUUUCUUCUGUGUUGGUGUGAUUUGAAUUAUUUAUCUUGUUGAAAUUUGAGGGGGGGAAUAAAGGACUUGAGUUAAUAUGCUAUCUAUCCUGUUUUUUUUGUGGUCA